AUGGAAAAAGUGAGAAUGAUCAGGGAUAGAUUGGCUACUGCUUACAAUCGUCGAAAAUCCUAUGUUGAUAACAAGAAGAGGGCUCUUGAAUUCGAAGUAGGUGAUCACGUCUUCCUGAAGAUAUCACCCAUGAAAGGAGUGAUGAGGUUUGCUAAGAAAGGAAUUUGGAUUCGAGUGUUUCAUGUUUCGAUGCUUAAAGAAUUUCUAGGUGAUCUAUCAUCCAUAUUGCCCGUUGAGGGGUUAGUAUUCGAUGAAAACCUUUAUUAUGAAGAGGUUCAAAUUGAAAUUUUUGAUCGCCAAGUGAAGUAG